AUGGCCAUUGAGAAGGAGGCGCCUGAGGAGGUCGGUGUCGUGAUCAAGUACAACCUCUCGGAGAGCGCCAUAUCAGAUCAGACACUUAAGUCGUUGAACAUCACCUUUCCCCCAGAUACUGCUCUGACCUACGCAGAACAUAAGGGAAGUCACGCGAUCCGCUGUCUCGUUGCCAAAGCUUCGGGUAAGUUGAUUGACCCAGACGAUGUUCUCAUCACAGCAGGUGCUUCAAUGUCGCUGUUCAUCAUCAAAACUGCUCUUCUUGGUCCCAAAGAUCACGUGGUCGUCACUCGUCCCAACUAUGCCACCAACCUGGAGAUUCCACGCUCCGUCAAAUGCGACAUCACUUUCAUAGACCUCGAGUUCGAAUCAGAGUACCGCUUGGACAUCGAUUGCGUCGCGGCCGCCAUUCGGCCCGGCGUCACCAAACUCAUCAGCAUCUGCUCCCCUAAUAACCCUACUGGAACAAUGUGUACUACCUCCGAGCUUCAGUCCCUUGCGAGGCUCGCCAAAGAAAGGGGAUGCUAUCUCCUCGUCGACGAAACGUACUCGGAGCUCAAGUACCCAUCCGAGUCCGCUGAUGGAAUAAAUUCGAUUCCAUCGGCGGCUUCGUUGGGUGACCAUGUCAUCAGCGUUUCUUCUGUGUCUAAGGCCUACGGGGUCCCUGGCAUUCGCAUCGGCUGGCUCACUACUACCAAUGUUUGCCUCCAGGAGACAUUCCUUGCCGCUAAGGAACAGAUCGCUAUUAGCGGAAGUGUCCUCGACGAGCUCGUUGCCGAGCAGAUCCUUUCCCGCCAGGCCGAGCUACUCUCUGUGACUAUUGCCGAUAUGCGGAAGCGGAGAGACCACGUUGCGAGUUGGGUUGCUGAGGAGAGCGAGUGGCUCGAUUGGGUGAGACCAGAGGCAGGAGUGAUGUGCUUUAUCAAAAUCAAGAAAGAGCCGGUUGGAGGAAUCGAGACGUUCUACACAAGAUUGUUGGAGAAGUACGGAGUGUAUAUCGGACGAGGAGGCUGGUUUGAGAGAGAUGAUAGUUUCUUCAGACUGGGGUAUGGUUGGCCGACGUGGCAGGAGUUGGAACAGGGGCUUUGUGGGAUUUCGAAGGCUCUCCGGGAAUGA